AUGACUUCAAGACUUCUCCGGGUGUCCUUCAUGCUUGCUGCAUUAACACUUUCAGUUACAUUUUCUCUCCAAUCAGACCAGCCAAAGGUUCUGCUAGUUUCAUUUGACGGAUUCCGUUGGGAUUAUUUAUAUAGAGUUCCAACACCCCAUUUUCAUUAUGUUAUGAAAUACGGUGCCCAGGUGCAGCAAGUUACUAAUAUUUUUAUUACAAAGACCUACCCUAACCAUUAUACUUUGGUCACUGGCCUCUUUGCUGAGAAUCAUGGCAUUGUGGCAAAUGACAUGUAUGACCCUAUUCUGAACAAAUCUUUCUCCUUGGAUGACAUGGAUAUUUAUGAUUCUGAGUUUUGGGAAGAAGCGACGCCGAUAUGGAUCACAAAUCAGAGGGCAGGACACACGAGUGGUGCGGCCAUGUGGCCCGGAACAGAUGUCAAAAUACACGGAAGUUUUCCCACUCACUACAUGCCUUACAAUGACUCUGUUUCAUUUGAAGAGAGAGUUGCCAAAAUUAUUGAAUGGUUUACGUCAAAAGAGCCCAUCAAUCUUGGUCUUCUUUAUUGGGAGGAACCUGAUGAUAUGGGCCACCAGUUGGGACCAGACAGUCCGCUCAUGGGGCCUGUCAUUUCAGAUAUUGACCACAAGUUAGGAUAUCUCAUACAAAUGCUGAAAAAGGCAAACUUGUGGAACGUUCUGAACCUAGUCAUCACAAGUGACCAUGGAAUGACGCAGUGUUCCCAGGAAAGGAUCAUAGAGCUUGACCAAUAUCUGGAUAGAGAGCACUACACCCUGAUUGACCAAUCGCCAGUGGCCGCCAUCUUGCCCAGGGAAGGCAAAUUUGAUGAAGUCUAUGAAGCACUAGCUCAAGCUCAUCCUAAUCUGACUGUUUACAAAAAGGAAGAGAUUCCGGAAAGAUGGCAUUACAAACACAGCAGUCGAAUUCAGCCCAUUCUCGCAGUGGCUGACGACGGCUGGCAUAUUUUACGGAAUAAGUCAGAUGACUUUCUCUUAGGCAACCACGGGUACGACAAUGCAUUAGCAGAAAUGCAUCCCAUUUUCUUAGCCCAUGGUCCUGCCUUCCGAAAAAAUUUCACAAAAGCAGCCAUGAACUCUACAGACCUGUACCCCCUGCUCUGCCACCUGCUCAACAUCACGGCCCUGCCUCACAACGGAUCACUCGGCCACGUUCAGGAUCUGCUCAUUUCACCGACUCCACGAGCAAGUCCUGAUACCCAGAUCCCUCCUCUCCUCCAUGGUAGUGUGAAACCAAGAGAAAAUGAACAAGAGGAGUCAUACGCUUAUUUCAUAGGGGUCUCUCUUGGUAGCAUUAUAGUUAUUGUGUUUUUAAUAGUUCUCAUUAAACAUUUAAUUCGAAGUCAAAUACCUGCCUUACCAGAUUUUCAGGCUGAAAUAUCUCAACCAUUAUUACAAGCCUAA